AACCAGAGGUAGAAUCCAUACAACCAUCAUCAAGACUGCUUGAUCGACCGACGAUAAGUAACUUAAUAGCCGGUGUUACAGACUGUACUUCGUUUGUAAUCUUUCUCCGACAACCUAUUUUGACCAACACCAGAAAAACGAUGAAAUUGUCUCUGGUUAGUUUCUUUGCAGCUUUGACCCUUGCUGAUGCUGCUUCGCACGGUGCAAGCAGAACAACUGCACCUUGGGGAAUUCCCCGCGGAGGAGCCUCCUCAAAGUACGCCUCAAAAUUGGAUGCUGUGAAGGAACAGGUCUUGGCUUCUACCCUUCCAUCGGUGCGUACGAUCUGUAAUGAAUCUCAUCCAAAAAUGUUGGAAACGGAAUCGGAUGCGGUCGGUGCGAUUUAAAGGACACUUCUCAUCUAUUUUCGUGUCGAUGCAUUCCUUUAACUAAUAUUUGUGUUCCAACUUGACUGUGUCUUGCCCGAUGCUUCUUUUUUGAACUGGAACAAUUUUGACCAUUGGACGAUGAAUGUUGCGAAUUAUAAACAAAAAAUUCCCGUGGAACCUAACUAUCAUAUAAAAAAUGAUUCGGUAUGCAUGAACGGAUAUCUUUUGAUUUCAUUUGGCUUCGUCAAACACAGAUCGAAGAAUUGCGCAAAUCGAUUGUUAACGAAUCCACAACCGUGGAAGAUUUAGGACUCAAAGCUGAUACUAUUGUGAACAAGGCUCUUGAGGAAUUUGCCUCUAGCGCCCCAGAGGGUGAUGAUUCCGAUGUCUAUGAAGCCAAGCUGGAACAAAUCGAGGCCGCCCUGGAUGCUCCUCUCCAGGUGCUUUACCUUAAACAAUUAGCCUUAUUGCGAGAACAGGCCCUUCAGAAUUACAGGGCUGCUUCAAAGGCUUCUGGUGGCGGAACCUCAGAAUACGAGGCCAUGCUUCAGGCUGAUGCUUUCUUUGCCAGAGAAGCAGAGAGGUCGACACGGGAUGAGGUUAGCGACGCUAGCGAGGCUGAUGGUGGUUGGGAUUUUACUGGAGAACGCGCAGCCCUCCAAACAGUUAUGAACCGAUUAGCUGAGAGUGGGCAAAAAGCUACCGAGGUUCAAAUGAAGAGUGCUCAGCAACAACAAACUGCUAUGCAAUUUUUGCAAUCUCAGCAACAAAUGAUCCAACAAUUGCAAAUGCAGCUUUACGGACAGUCGUCGCCAUGGAACGUUGGAGUUGCCUACCGAAUCCCUGACACUAACUUUAACCUACAGGGAUCCUACCAACAGGGAAGAGCGAACGUCCAGUUGUCCUGUGUUCCUGACGAGUAUGCACCAUUUUUGGGACCCAAUGGAUUCACAAACGGAGUUGGACCAGGAAAUCUUGGAUUGUCUCUCAACUUGAGCGUAUAGAUAGAUAUUUUUCGUGUGCAACAAUUCUAUCAAUGACCGCGAACUUGUAUUAAUGCUCUUACGUCGACAUCAGUCAUCGGCCAUCAAGAAAAAAUAAUAUAGACAACAAGAGACUCAGCGUGCAUCAUUGAUCGAAUCAAUCAUCUAUCGCACAAGAAACUGAAGUUUGUACCUCAAGAUCGAACGCUUUGCACACCAGCAUACAAUAGAAAGCAAAAUAGUUUAUUGUUAGAAAGACUUUUGUUGCGACUUCUUCGCUACUAUCAUCCCGCAAUCAUUUGUUCCAAGUACUAUUAAUUGUUUAAUUUCAUUCUAGUUUGCUUGCACUUCAGCAUGAAUAUCUACUGGCAGGGAAUGGAAGGACAACUAAAUUUGUAGAGAAAAC